UCAUGUUUAUCUUUGAUGUUUCUGUUCCUAUAUCUGUUUAAUUUUGAUGCUUCAAUUUUUUGCUGCUUAAAUUGGGCUAAAGUUGAAUUUGAACAUGUUUCUGCUUCCUAUAUCUGUUCCUAUAUCUGUUUAAACAUGUUUCUGCCUUCAUCAGUGAAUUUGUUUUUGAUUGCUUCAUGAUUUUUGUUUGCUGCUUCUGAUUUUUGUUUGCUGCUUCAUGAAUUUGAUUUUCUUUGAUUUUUUUGAUUUAUUUGCUGAGGUUAUUUGUUCAUCAGUGAAUUGGGUUUUGAUUGCUUCUGAUUUUUGUUUGCUGCUUCAUGAAUUUGAUUUUCUUUGAAUGUUUUUGAUUUAUUUGCUGAGGUUAUUUGUUCAUCAGUGAAUUGGGUUAUUUGAUGCUAUAAAUAUCAUAUAAAUUCUAAUUCUGUAUAAUUCUGUAUAUAUACUUUGAAUGGAUGUCCUACUCUUCUCUUGUGUUGAUUCUGAUUGCUAAACUAUAUCUUCCAUGAACAUGCUGAUCAUUUACCAAAAUAUGUUGUUAGACAACUAUAGAAUAGUCCCAUAGGCAAAGGCAUAGGUUUCACAUGAUUACUUGAACUCUUUUCAUUACAUUGAAAAAUAAAGCUUUUCAAAGCUACAAGUUUGUUCAGUUUAAGAAUCAAAACACAGUACCUUAUUACUUGUGAAAGUAUUUUAGUAAAGAUUUUGCCAAGGUAUUAGUUAAGAAUUGUAAAUAGAAAAUACUCAAUAAUAAUCAUUUGAAAAUCGGCUGGGAACCGGCCGGUUGGACCAAACUGAUAACCAGCAUAUUCUUGAUAAACGGUGCCGUUUUAAAAAAAAAAACCCCAACGUUCAGCCCUCACUCACUCACCCUCCUUCCCCCAAACCCCCGCCCCCCUUCCCAUCACUCCUCUGAACUCUCAAGCAAAGUUCAAAAUCACCCAACCCCUAGGUUCUCCCUGCAACGGUUCUGCCGCAGUGCCGCCGCCGUCCGUGCUGUCGGCGCCUCCGCGUCCUCUCUUGUAGCUCGGCGUCCUCCUUCCCCCAGUCCCCGUCCUCCCUGGCUUCUCUGUUCGAGGUUGGAGCAGCUCGCCGCCGUGUCGCCGCUUGCUGUCGUCUCGCCGGUUGCCGUCCGUGUCUCCGUCGAAGAUGGUGGUAAGACUUUGGAGCUUCCAGCUGUCAUAACAUUUCAAAGCACAUGCAAAUGAGACCAGUUCAGCUACAGGAAAGCAAACAAAGGCAUCGGAAUAAGGAUAUAUUGACACGCAUCUCAAAUGUGGGGCCAAAUAACCGGAUGUUAAGAUAUUAACAUACGAUAGGAUACUAGUGCUUCUCUAAUUUCUGUUGAGAACAAGAAUAUUAGGCUAGAAACUAAUUGAGUCGGUUGGCCCAACUUGUGGUUUUUAAGCUUAGCCCAUUCUUAAUAGAUGGUUUCUCCCACUCUACAAAAAAAAAGUCCCGACCAAAAAGAAAAAGAAGUAAAAGGACAACCUUGGUCUCACAUCCCCACCCCCUACCAUCUCUUACCUUCCCCGCCUCUCCGUCGUGCUUCUUCACUGCCGCACCGUCCUCCACCACCGCCGUCGCAUAAUUGGCUGCAGCUGCAGUAGGAAGUAAAGAUGAAAGAACUUGUAACUAUCCAAGUCGGCGAUUUUGCCAAUUACGUUGGCUCUCACUUUUGGAACUUUCAGGAUGAGCUUCUUGGGCUGGCUGGAGACCCUAAUGCUGAUUCAUUCUUCAAGAAUCAUGAUCUUAACAUGGAUGUGCUUUAUCGUACUGGUGUGACGCAACAGGGCAUUCUUACAUACACUCCUCGCCUACUUUCAAUAAACAUGAGAGGUUCACUUGGAUCUUUGAGCUCACAUGGUACAUUAUAUAAGGAGGUUACCUCCUUUCCAUCAGAUGUUGUUACUUGGACAGGUAAGAUUUCCACCCAGGCCUGUGAACCUCAUAAGAAAAAUUUGUUCCUACAAAGACUGUAUGAGGAAGAGGAAAAUUUGAUUGUGACUAAUGACACUAGUGGUUCAAGCAAUGGUUCUCAAAGUGAGUAUCAGGAUAAGGAUAUAGUUGAAAGUCUAGAAAAUGGUGUACAGUUUUGGACGGACUACUCAAAAGUACAUUAUCAUCCCCAGAAUCUCUAUGAAUUAAGUGGGGUUUGGAUGGAUGCUGAGGACUUCAACAAUUACGGAAUUGGAAAGAAUUCCUUUUCUUGGGAUUUGCAAGGGGAAGAAAUUAGUGACAGGCUACGAUUUUUUGUUGAAGAGUGUGAUCAUAUACAGGGCUUUCAAUUUGUAGUUGACGACUCUGGAGGAUUCUCUGCUGUGGCCGAAGAGUUUCUAGAGAAUAUUGUAGAUGAAUAUACAAAUACUCCUGUUUUGCUGUAUGCUGUCCAAGGCCAUCGUGCAUGCACAAGUCUUCAGAGCAAGAAGCGUACAGUCUUGGAGGAUCUUCACGAUGCUGUAUCAUUUUCAAGACUCUCAUCCUACUCUAAACUUAUUGUCCCUCUUGGUAUGCCCUCCUUGAGUAAAGGCAAAGUUUCCAAAUUCCUCCACAUUGAAGAUGAGAAACAUUACCACUCAAGUGCAGUUUAUGCUGCUGCACUACACUCCAUUAGUCUUCCUUUUAGAAUGUUCCCAAUUGGACCUACUACACCUGCAUCUUCUGUCUCUGGGGCUGUUGAUCUUCAUGGAGUCAUACAAAUGUUAUCAGGACAAGGGAGGCAGAAUAUGGUGUCAAUUCUAGAUGUUGCGAUACCAGCGCCUGCUUUAUUUGGGGGACAGAACGAACAAUCUUUAUUAGAAAAUUUGCAUCCAUUGACCCCUCAAAUAGCAGAGGAUGUUGAAGAUAUGCAGGGAGUUGAAUGCUUGACAGUCCAUGGAGCUUAUGCAUCAGGUAGCCAUCGUGCAUCGGUUUCCCAAGUAAAGGAUGCAGUUGAUGCUGCUUUUCAAUGUGCCGAAACAAAUCCAAUGUUCUACCAUUUAUCUGUUGCUCUUUGUCCGCUUCCCAUUCCAUUGUCUUUUCCAUCGAUAUUUGGAAGCCAAGUUGGCCAGCAUGGUGAGUUGAUGGGCGGUCCGAUAACUAAUGCUUCAUCAAAAGGAUCCCUGGAUGUCUAUUCCAUUCCAAUGGCGGCCAGAUUACGCUCCAGCAAUGCUAUCCUACCAUUUGUUGAGAGUAGAUUGCGAAACCUUCACCGAUUCGGAAUUGAUCGGGGAGCUGCUGGGGCACAAUUACUUAGGGGUUGGGGCUUUGGAAGGGAAGAUUUGGAAGAAAUGGAAGAAAUGUUGUCUAAAAUGGUUGCAACAUUGUGUCCUCCCCAACUGUCAUCCGAUUCGGACUAGAACACGUACGUUGUUCUUUUAGAGAAACCAAGUGAGGAAACAUUUAUAACUAAGGUAAUUGCAUUGGAUAGUAAUGAUUAGAACUGUGCCUUUCUGGCUGUUUAUAGCGCUAUGCCUUUCGGUGAUCAAUUUCCCAACGUACAUAGUUUUUACUGUCUUAAUUUCUUCCUUUUUCCUGUUUAUUUGUGUCUUGGGGGGUUUUUCUCACAUGUAUCCCACGAUCCCUCUGUCAAGGUAAUCAUGAUUUGAGAUCUUGCUGUGACACUUCCGUUGCAAAAUAAUUUAACACGGAUUAUAUUGCACUUGAUUUGUGUUGUCUUUUAACCUAAGGUUUUGAAAACCGGUUUGCAUCGGUCGGUCGGACUAGUCGAACCGAAAAUCGACAACGAUAGUGGUUCAGCUUAUAAGCAUAAUUGCCUGGUUAAAAAUCACCUUUGGACUGUUGGACCAGCCGAGAACUGUGCGGUCAAAUCAAACCAGAACCUGAACUCGGCCAGUUUUCAAAUUUGAGGAGAAAUGAUGCUGUUUCAUUUAUUAAUAUAUAUAAAAAGGGUAGCCCUAAUUUGUUUACUCUGAGCUCAGCACUCAGUAGUAGCAUCAACUUCCUCUCGAGCUCCUCCUUCCCUCGGCAAAAGAAAAAUCCCAUCAUUUGCUUCGUCUAGCCACCGCAGUGUCACUUCUGCCGUCACAGCUGCUCGAAGCCGCCAUCCCCACUACGCUCGUCUCUGCCACUGCUCGAAGUUGUUGUCCCCAUUGCAACUCGUCUCGCAUCCGCUGCCCUCCACCCUCUUUUGCUCUAUUUUCGCUGCGCUCCAUCCUCCUCGGCUCCAGUUCCACAGCAGUCCAGACCACCUCUUCUCCAAUUCUGUCGCAUCCAGCCUUCCGUCGUAUCCGUAACCUUUGUGCUCUAGAAGGUAUUUUUUACUGUAAUUGUUGUAAUUGGUUUAGGAUUGUUAUGUGAUUUUUCUUCAAUUAUUGUUGUCAUUACUGUGGUUUAGAAUUGUUGAUGAUGUUCUUGAUUCUGUUAUGCUAUUAUUCUUCUAUUGUCAUUAA